GCCAAACGCUUUCAAUAGUCUUUCGCAUUGAGAAGGAAUUGAAAUCUAAGCAGAACGUUCUCAAGAUGGGCAGCUACUUCUCCGUGCCGCUGGCGAUCUCUUUGGCUAUUCCGCUGAUUGCUGGAAGCAUUGUCUCUGCAAGCACUGCAGACAACGUUCUCGUGUGGUACAAGACUCUGCCUAAGCCUUCGUGGAAUCUGCCCACCCCCAUCUUUGGGCCUACAUGGUCUUUCCUCUACGUAUUCCUUGGCCUGGCAUCCUUCGUGGUGUGGACACAGGGCGGCUUUGCUGAGCAGACAGGCCCCCUCGCCCUGUAUGCCAUCAACCUCGUCCUCAACCUUUCCUGGAUGCCGCUCUUCUUCAACAAGAAGGACUUUGGCCUGGCCCAGCUUGACAACGUUGCCACCUUGGGAACUGCUGUGGUGCUGGCAAAGCAGUUCUACAGGGUGAAGCCCGUGGCCGGCUACCUGCUGUGGCCCUACGUGGCCUUCCUCACCUUCGCUAACGCUCUCAACUUCUUCCACCUGAAGCACAACUCGGAGCGCCCGAUCGAGGAUGACCUCUACCACUCGAAGGACAAGAAAAACCCGGGAGAGCCGGGCUAUGGCGGAUCGACCACCGGCGGCACCUUUGGCGAGAAGGGCUACCCGUCAGGCGGCGCCAACGCAUGCCUCGCCGCCCCCUGCACCGGCCGCGGCCGCUCCGGCCGCCCCGUCUUCGUCCGCGCAGCCGCUGCCCAGAUGAAGACCAGGGCUGCAGCCGGUGCGAUGGCCAUGUCCAGCAGCCGUGUGACCCCUGUGAGGGCCGGCAUGUCCCUGCGCCAGGCGCCCAUGACCGCACGCUUCGCCUGA